GCCUCGACGAUGCUCAGGCUAUGGACUCUUGCUCAGCGGCCAGUCACCGCGCCGUCGAGGCAUAUCCACACUUCUCUCGUUAAUAAUGCUACUGUGGUCGCUAGCUCUUCCGCCACGACGCCCUCAAAAUGGACACCAAAUUCUGUCCGGACAGGGCUCAUCGCGCGCAAACGCGGAAUGACUGCGAUGUGGGACGACCAUGGCGCUCGUUUCCCGGUCACGGUCCUCCAGUUGGAAAACUGUCAGGUGACAGCUAAUGUCAAGACCGUGCGGAGGAACAAGACAGAGUACCACGCAGUUCAAGUUGCUGCUUCGGAUAGACCAGCGAAGACUGCUACGAAGCAGAUGCUGGGUCAUUUCAAGAAGGCUGGCGUUCCACCAAAGCGGAUUGUAAAGGAGUUUCCGGUAACUCCAGAUGCUCAUGUUCCAGUUGGGACUACACUGUCGGCAGUCCACUUUGUACCCGGCCAAUUUGUUGAUGUCGUCUCAAACUCGAUCGGGAAGGGCUUCCAGGGAGGCAUGAAACGAUGGGGUUUCAAGGGUCAGCGUGCGAGCCACGGUGCUUCCCUCUCCCAUCGGUCAAUAGGUUCGACAGGUGGACAUCAGGAUCCGGGCAGAGUGUGGCCCGGAAAGAAAAUGCCUGGUCAUAUGGGCUGUGAGCGCAUCACGACCCAGAACCUCACUGUCGUCCGUGUCGACUCUGCCCUUGACUUGAUAUUUGUCCGAGGUUGUGUUCCUGGUUUCGACGACGCUCAAGUCAUGGUCCGCGAUGCCAAAAAGAAGAUGAUCUGCCCCGCGCAACACAAUCAGGCGAAGGGCUUGUACGAGAAGGUUCUUCCCAAGGGUCUCGUCGAUCUUCCAUUCCCAGCAGGCACGAAGGAUAUGGCAAAGGACCUCCCACCUGUCGUUGUUGCUCCUUCGUCACGCUCGAGUCCAUUCAUUCCUAGAGAAUAAAUAUCUCAAUUUACUACUGUUUCCUUGUUUUGGUGUGCUAGCAAUCCUAUCCAUCUACCCCCCAACUCAGACUCAAAGUUACACCGCUUCCAAUCAU